AGAGGUGGCCUCGCUCCUCCAGCCGCCGCCUCCUUGGGCCACCCGGCACCGGCCUCAUCCUUCCUCCUCCCUGUCCCUCCUGGGGCCUCUGGGCAGCCGAGGCACUGACCUUUGACCGCAGCACGGGGCUGCCCUCGACCCCUCUGGCUGCCUCCGGAGCAUCUCCUCACUGGUGGUUCCUCGCCCUGGGGUGAGGGCGUGCGGACCGGUGGAAGGCGGGGCUGUCCGGAGUCCGCAGGUGUCCGCGGAGGGCCCCCAUCCUGUGGGCACUUCAGCCUCUGGGCUCCAGUCGACCGUGUUUUGGGGUUGUGGUUCCUUGGGAGGCGUGGGGAAGAAACCGGAGGAGAGAGACCUGUUCCCUGGGGAAGGAGAGCUCUCCGAGGCUGCAGAGGGCGUCGUCUCUGGCCGAGGGGCGCUGGGAACUUGAGUGGACCCGAAAAAACGUUUGGAGAUCCUCAGAUCCUUCCCAGUUCUUCCUCUCGGAAAAAGUUUGCAGCUUUUGUGAGAGCUGACUCUGCUGUCCUGAGUUCUCAGCCACUCUGUAAACCAGAGAGGAGGAUUUGUACUCUUGCUCGUAGCACCGAUUAAUUGGAAUUAUUUUGCGUGUGUCUGCAUUUGGAUUUGUGUGAAUAUCAGAUUCUCUGACCAUGGCACAGGUGGAGAAACGGGGAGGUUUGCUCCGGAAAUCUUCAGCAUCCAAAAAACCACUGAAGGAAAAAGUAGUGCUGAUGUAUGAUGAGAUCUUCAUGAUGGAGGACCCCGGCCAGUGCAGUCCUCGGUUUUGGGAGGAGCUCUUCCUCAUGAAGGUGAACUUAGAGUACCUAGAAGGCAAGCUGGAGUCUCUUGAUGGUGAGGAGUUAAUGAAGAUCAAGGACAAUAUCAAUUGCUUAUUUCAGCACUGCAUCCAGGCUCUGGGAGAAGAGCACCCAAUUCGAGUUGUCAAUGCAUUGCAGACCUUGUGUGCACUCAUUCGAGGAGUUCAUCAAAAGAAUAAAUCUACUUCUGGGUUUGACAUUAUCAACAUGCUGAUGGGCUUUGACAAGGCGGAGCUGUGCAUGAAGAACUUGAUGGAGAGUUUGGAUUCAUUGCUUUGUGCAGAAGGUUCUGAAAGUCUGAAGAGUUUAUGUCUGAAACUCCUCCUUUGCUUAGUAACUGUGACAGAUAACAUCAGCCAGAACACUAUCUUGGAAUAUGUAAUGAUCAACAGCAUAUUUGAAGCAAUUUUACAGAUUCUCUCCCACCCUCCAAGUCGUAGAGAGCAUGGGUAUGACGCUGUUGUCCUCUUGGCUUUGCUGGUGAAUUAUAGAAAAUAUGAGUCUGUGAAUCCUUAUAUUGUGAAGCUGUCUAUUGUGGAUGAUGAGGCCACACUCAAUGGAAUGGGGCUUGUGAUUGCUCAGGCUUUAUCUGAGUACAACAGGCAGUAUAAAGAUAAGGAGGAAGAACACCAGAGCGGGUUUUUCUCUGCUUUAACGAAUAUGGUGGGCAGCAUGUUCAUAGCAGACGCCCAUGAGAAAAUCUCAGUGCAAACCAAUGAAGCCAUUCUUCUGGCACUUUAUGAAGCGGUUCAUUUAAAUCGCAACUUCAUCACAGUACUGGCUCAGAGUCAUCCAGAAAUGGGCUUGGUGACGACUCCUGUCAGUCCUGCUCCAACAACCCCAGUCACACCACUUGGUACCACUCCACCCUCUUCUGAUGUUAUAAGCUCCGUGGAACUCCCACUGGAUGCAGAUGUACAGACCAGUAAUCUGCUGAUAACCUUCCUAAAGUAUAGCUCCAUUGUCAUGCAGGACACCAAAGAUGAACACAGGCUGCACAGUGGGAAACUCUGUCUGAUUAUCCUUACAUGUAUUGCAGAGGAUCAGUAUGCCAAUGCAUUUUUGCAUGAUGACAACAUGAAUUUUCGAGUAAACUUGCACAGAAUGCCUAUGAGACACAGGAAGAAGGCAGCAGAUAAGAACCUUCCCUGCCGUCCUCUAGUCUGUGCAGUACUGGACCUGAUGGUGGAGUUUAUUGUAACACACAUGAUGAAGGAGUUUCCUAUGGAUCUCUAUGUACGCUGCAUACAGGUAGUACAUAAACUGCUUUGCUACCAGAAGAAGUGUCGAGUGCGCCUGCAUUACACCUGGCGGGAACUCUGGUCAGCCUUGAUAAAUUUGCUGAAGUUCCUUAUGUCAAAUGAGACUGUACUUUUGGCCAAACACAACAUUUUUACAUUAGCUCUUAUGAUUGUGAACCUAUUUAAUAUGUUUAUCACAUACGGCGACACAUUCCUGCCAACCCCCAGCAGCUAUGAUGAACUUUAUUAUGAGAUUAUCCGCAUGCACCAGAGCUUUGACAACCUCUACUCCAUGGUUCUGAGACUUUCUACCAAUGCAGGCCAGUGGAAGGAAGCAGCUAGCAAGGUCACCCACGCGCUGGUUAACAUCAGAGCCAUCAUCAACCACUUUAACCCCAAAAUUGAGUCAUACGCUGCUGUGAAUCACAUAUCCCAACUGUCAGAGGAGCAGGUGCUGGAGGUGGUGCGAGCCAACUACGACACACUUACACUGAAACUGCAGGACGGCCUGGACCAGUAUGAGCGCUACUCGGAGCAGCACAAAGAGGCUGCUUUCUUCAAAGAGCUGGUUCGAUCCAUUAGCACCAACGUCCGGAGAAACCUGGCCUUCCACACACUCAGCCAGGAAGUCCUGCUCAAGGAAUUCUCCACUAUCUCCUGAGAGCAAACCAACCUGAGCAGCCACUGACUGCCCUUACCCAUGAUGCCCCUGGGCUGGAGGGGGCACAAGGGAAGAGGGGGCUGCCUCCAAGGUUGGAGAAAAACACAGAUACCAAGUUCUCUUGGUGAAGGCCACACUUCAGUGGAGCUUGGACAACAGGGGCCAAGAGGGGCAAGCCAGGGAUAAUCUUAUUUGGGGAGGAAUGGGUGGGCAAGGGAGGCCUCCAAGAAUGUGGGGUCUUCCAGGGAGGGCUCCCUGGACACUCCCUCACAUUUCCCGUUGAGAUUCAAGUUGUGGCUACUUAGUAUUUUCAAGAGCUGGGCAGGCCUCAGGGUGAUGCCAACACUCUGGAGGCCAGUUGCUUUCCUCGGCUUCUGAAAACAGAUCAACUCUCAAAGAUAGCCGGAGCCUCCUUCUGUUUGGUUUAGGCCCGAGGCUGAGCUGAGCCUGAACUCUGUUCCCCACCCCAGGCUGUGCAGUCAUCAGGAUCCUUAGCUCAGGCCUAGGGUAGUGUAGGAAUGGGGUGCAUUCUUUCCUUUUCCAAAUUCAGAGCUGACUCCUGGGAAACUGAUGAUUAGAAUCUGCCCAGUGCUCGGCUAUCCAGCCACCGCCUUCUGAAUUUCAGUUUUGGCACCAGGAGUUCCUGUUGGCUCUCCCCUGCCUUCCAGUCCAUUGACUCAUCGGCAUAACAGGCUCACAACCUUAGCUCUUCGUUUUUAAUCUGAUUUAAACUGUCUUUAGGGUGUGUGUGAAAUCAGCAUUGACAGGUUUCCUGGAGCCCUCAAGGUGCCCACUGUGCUGGUUCCCUUCCUAGCAGCUUCCCCCUUCCCUCGGCCUCCCCCUCCACUGGGAGCUGCUGCCCCUGCUGAGCUCCCUCCACGUGUCCCACCCCCUCCCUGCUGUUGUUUACAUCCAGCCUGCCUGAGAGUUUCCUCUGGGGAGGAAUCUGUUCCUGCUGUGGUCUGGUGCCUGGAAGGGAGAGCACCUGCUGGAGGCAGGGUGCCCUCCAUCGGAAAGAGGCCGGGUGAGCAUCCUACAUGGGACCUGUAUCCUGUGUAUCCAUACUCUUGAGUGGAGCCACAGGCAGAUGUGAUCUCUGAGAAGCUGGCCUGUGGGUAGCCUCCACAGGACCCCUGCAGGCCUCCCCUACUCCAUAGCUGCUGCUCCAGGAUCCUUCCUUUCUGAAGCCCACCGGUGGCAGGCAGCAGGUGCAGGAAUCCAGCAGUCAGAGCAGGUCUGGGUCCUCCCCAGCUCCUGUCCAUUUAAGCCUUGGAUCUCCUUGGGAUCUUACCCUCCGUGAGAACCUGGGAGUUCUGCUCCAGCAUUAAGCAGCUGUGUGUAGUUCCAGAGAAUCCAGCCACAGGCUGCCAUGUAGAGAGCAGGUUCACGGACUGGCUUAACUCUGACUGCAGAUGGAUAGCUUGGUUUGGGGUGUGCAUCCCACAGUGAUAAACCCAGAGCAGCUGGAUCUGGGGCUGGUGGCAAGUUGAAGUUAUUAAAAGUUGAUUUGUGUGGGACAGUCUUUUUAGUGUCUUUUUUUUCCCCUUAACCUCUGUUGCCCAGACUCAUUUAUCAGAGGCAGAGUUAGGAUAAUCUGCAG